GUUACUCGGUCUGCAGCACCCAUGGAGCGAGCGGCGGCUCGGCUGCUGCGUGGCAGCGCGCUGCUAAGAAGAAACUUCCCAACUUGCCUGUCUUCUUGGAAAACGCCUCAUGUCCUAAAGUCUUCCCAGUCAGAAGCUCUCCUCAGUACAAUAAACCCCAGGCUGUUCUGUGCUCCCCUGCAGAUGUUUACAGAUGAGGAGAUGAUGAUAAAGGACGCUGUUAAAAAAUUUGCCCAGGAACAGGUUGCUCCUCUGGUUUCAACCAUGGAUGAGAAUUCAAAAAUGGACAUAUCGAUAAUACAAGGACUGUUUCAACAAGGGUUGAUGGGUAUUGAAAUUGAAACAAAAUAUGGAGGAACCGAAGCUUCCUUUUUUUCCUCUAUCCUAGCGAUAGAGGAAUUAGCCAAAGUCGAUGCAUCUGUGGCCUUGGUAUGUGACAUCCAGAACACAGUAAUUAACAAUCUGAUUAGAAAAUAUGGAACAGAAGAACAGAAGGCCACCUAUUUGACCAAGCUUGCGACAGAACAAGUUGGAAGUAUCUGUCUUUCAGAGGCUGGAGCCGGUAGUGAUUUAUUUGCUUUAAAGACCAGAGCUGAUAAAAAGGGAAACUAUUACGUCAUCAAUGGGUCAAAGAUGUGGAUCAGCAAUUCAGAAUACGCGGGGAUCUUCCUGGUGAUGGCAAACGUAAACCCUGACCUUGGGUAUAAAGGAAUUACCUGCUUCUUAGUAGAUCGCGACACUGAAGGCCUUCACAUAGGGAAAGCAGAAAACAAAAUGGGGAUUAGAGCUUCUUCCACGUGCCCAUUAACGUUUGAAAACGUCAAGGUUCCAGAAGCCAAUAUCCUGGGACAAAUUGGACAGGGCUAUAAGUAUGCCAUAGGGAGUCUUAAUGAAGGCAGAAUAGGAGUUGCUGCACAGAUGCUGGGACUGGCUCAAGGGUGCUUUGACUACACUAUUCCCUACAUGAAAGAAAGGAUGCAGUUUGGCAAAAGGAUAUUUGAUUUUCAGGGGCUCCAACACCAAGUGGCCCACGUUGCCACCCAGCUGGAAGCUGCGAGAUUGCUGACGUACAACACUGCUAGGCUUCUAGAAGCUGGAAAACCAUUCAUAAAAGAAGCAUCGAUGGCCAAAUACUAUGCAUCAGAGGUGGCGGGCCUCACCACCAGUAAGUGUAUCGAGUGGAUGGGAGGAGUCGGCUACACCAAAGAUUACCCUGUGGAAAAAUACUUCCGAGAUGCGAAAGUCGGCACAAUAUAUGAAGGAGCUUCAAAUAUCCAGCUGAACACCAUCGCAAAGCACAUCGGCGCAGAAUACUGACAUCGGAGGGAGUGGGGCCUCUCCCCCGAUCUCUGGUAGAACAUUCUAAGCUAUUGUGCCUUGUUGGGGAAGUAAACCUCCACAACAUGGAAGCAUUCUGUUUAGGUCCUUAGUCAUGAUGCUUGGGGUAGACCUUUGCUGUUUGAUCUGCUGUUCCGGGCUGCAUCAAAGAGGCACAGGAAAUCAUUUUUCAAAUUUGGGAAGAAAGGCAUCCGUAUUUUUCCAGAACUAUUUUUAGAGUUGUGUACAUAUUAAUCAUUCCAGCUUCAGGGCAGGCAGAUGUUUCACUCUGUCAGCAUUUGGAAAAACACACUUGAAGUAUUACUUACAGACAUGGCUAUUUUAUAUUCCUGUUAAAUUUUUAUUUUUUAGAAUCAGAGAAGAUUUUGUCACAGUUGGCAAUUCUAUAGAUCAAUUCUAAGUUUCUAAAGUAGGUAGCAACUGAAAAUGUAUUUAGAAAAAUCUAAAAAAAAGU